AUGCGUGAAAGGCUGUUGCAAAAUGUUCUAAUAACUAGUUUAAAAUGCAAUUGGCGCUGCAAAGAGAAGUUGAAUACUUUAGCCAUCAGCGUGAUGAACCAAUGGCCUGGGGUCCGGUUGCGGGUGAUUGAGGGAUGGGAUGAAGAAAACUCUCAUGUUGACAACUCGCUGCACUACGAAGGGCGAGCUGUGGACCUCACCACCAGCGAUAGAGACAGAAGCAAGUACGGCAUGCUUGCCCGACUGGCGGUUGAAGCUGGCUUCGACUGGGUGUUUUAUGAGAGCCGCUCCUAUAUACACUGCUCUGUUAAAACAGUUGAGCAUCACAAGAAGAAUGCAUCUCGGAAAGCUUCCCGCGCCCGCUCUCAGGCGGUGUCGAUCAAACGGACGAACAAGCCUCUUGUUAACGCACCCUCCUUGUCGCACAUUAAAAAAAUCAUAUUUACAUCCUCCUCACACUCAGCCGCAUCGCAGCCAAUCCCCCACUUCUAUAAUUAUGCCGGUGAUUCAAUGGCUACUAUAGUUAUAAGUAUGUGA